AUGUUCAGUACCCAGGUCUUGGAUGGUUUCAGAGGUGUGUGUCGCAAUUUGGAUUCUCUUUUCACUUUUGAAUUUGCUUAUGGGAUCGGAUGGAAUUAUGAUCUGGCUGCUGAAGCUAUUGCCGCUAAAUCUGCUAUGAUCCUUGCUAUCACCCUGAACCUCAACAAAAUUAUCAUUGAGAGCGACAACCUGUUAAUCAAGCAACUCCUGAGCAGAUCUUCGAACGCAAUUCCUUGGAGGAUCGCUCCCAUUUUGAAUGACUGUUUCAAUAUGCUUCACAUGUUUGAGGACAUCAGAUUCAGCCAUGUCCUAAGGGAAGGAAAUGCUGUGGCGGAUUCACUUGUGUCAUUUGCGUCUACUACACAAGAUUCCAACUUUUGGUUUUCCCCUCCCCCUUCUAUCUCCCCCUUACUGUAUGCUGACUCUUUUGGAACUUUGUUCCUUCGUCAAUAA